CUCCUGAGCGCUGAGCCCACAUCGCCAUGGCGGCGGGUGUAGCGGCUUGGCUUCCCUUCGCCCGGGCGGCAGCCAUUGGCUGGAUGCCCGUGGCGAACUGCCCGAUGCCCAUCGCGCCCAGGGGGCAGAGCAAGAGGCAGGACGAGCUGAUCGUCCUGAACGUCAGCGGCCGGCGCUUCCAGACCUGGCGGAACACGCUGGACCGCUACCCCGACACCCUGCUGGGCAGCUCCGAGAAGGAGUUCUUCUACAACGAGGAGACCAAGGAGUACUUCUUCGACCGCGACCCGGACUCCUUCCGCAGCGUGCUCAACUUCUACCGGACCGGCAAGCUGCACUACCCGCGCUACGAGUGCAUCUCGGCCUACGACGAGGAGCUGGCCUUCUUCGGCAUCAUCCCGGAGAUCAUCGGCGACUGCUGCUACGAAGAGUACAAGGACCGCAAGCGGGAGAAUGCCGAGCGGCUGAUGGACGACCAGGAGGACAACAAGGACAGCAAGCCGCCCAACAUGACCUUCCGAGAGACCAUGUGGCGGGCCUUCGAGAACCCGCACACCAGCACCAUGGCGCUGGUCUUCUACUACGUCACCGGCUUCUUCAUCGCCAUCUCCGUCAUCACCAACGUGGUGGAGACGGUGCCGUGUGGCGCCACGCCCAACCAGAAGGACAUGCCGUGCGGGGAGCGCUACACGGUGGCCUUCUUCUGCAUGGACACGGCCUGCGUGAUGAUCUUCACCGUGGAGUACCUGAUGCGCCUGUUCGCCGCGCCCAGCCGCUACCGCUUCAUGCGCAGCGUCAUGAGCAUCAUCGACGUGGUGGCCAUCCUGCCCUACUACAUCGGCCUGGUCAUGACCAACAACGAGGACGUGAGCGGCGCCUUCGUCACCCUGCGGGUCUUCCGCGUCUUCCGCAUCUUCAAGUUCUCCCGCCACUCGCAGGGCCUGCGGAUCCUGGGCUACACGCUGAAGAGCUGCGCCUCGGAGCUGGGCUUCCUGCUCUUCUCCCUCACCAUGGCCAUCAUCAUCUUCGCCACCGUCAUGUUCUACGCCGAGAAGGGCUCCAGCUCCAGCAAGUUCACCAGCAUCCCGGCCUCCUUCUGGUACACCAUCGUAACCAUGACUACCUUAGGUUACGGGGACAUGGUGCCUAAGACGAUCGCGGGGAAGAUCUUCGGCUCCAUCUGCUCUCUGAGCGGGGUGUUGGUAAUAGCCCUGCCCGUUCCAGUCAUCGUGUCCAACUUUAGCCGCAUCUAUCACCAGAACCAGAGAGCCGACAAGCGCCGGGCACAGAAGGUACAGAAAGCCAGACUGGCCAGGAUACGAAUCACCAAGGCCGGAAGCGCCAACGCUUUCCUGCACAGCAAACGCAACGGGCUGCUAAACGAGCUAGCAGAGCUAACGGGCACAGAUGGUGAUGAUCAUCAGGCGAAUAAGAGCGUAUCUUUACUGGAGAGCCAACACCACCACCUACUGCACUGCCUGGAGAAAACCACGGCUCACGAGUUUGUGGACGAGCAGAUGUACGAGCAGAACUGCCUGGAGGGGGCGCUGCAGAACUACAACUCCCACAGUCCCUCGGCCUCCAGUCGGAGCGGGAGUCUGGGCACCUGCUGCUCGCACCGUGGGAAACGGAGCACCCACCUGCCCAACUCCAGCGCCCCCCCGCCCCACCUGCGCAGCCUACAGGAGCUCAGCGCCAUCAACUUCCAGUGCGGGGGCCAGCCCACCCGCAGUACCAGCCGCUCCAGUCUCAACAUGAAGCCGGACAACGGAGCCCGACUGAACUGCAAGGGCGGGCAGAUCACCACGGCGAUAAUCAGCAUCCCCACCCCCCCCGCCCUCACCCCGGAGGACGACGGCCAGCGCCCCCCCAGCCCCGGCGGCCCCCGCCGCCCCGCCCCCUGCCCCAACGUGGUCAAGGUCUCCGCCCUGUGAGGGAGGGCGCGGCGGGCGUGGCAGCGAGCGUUCUUCAGCCGGGGGCGCAGUGACCCUCGGAGAACAGCAGGGGGAGCUGUGGGGAGACCAGAUGGCUGCAGCCGUGUCGGAGAGACCCGUCGUCUCUCCUGGGGGAGAGAGAGAGAGAGAGAGAGAGGAGGGAGUGACUCCUUCCCUGUGGUGAGGGAGGUGGAAGUUUCAGAAAUGGCCGGGGUUGGGGGGGGGGGAAGGAGGAGGAGCUCCAAACGAGUGCUUUCAGGAGGCAAGAGUGAAUUUUAACCGUCCAGUUACAUUUCACUAUAAACUGAUCUCACAGGAAACUUACAGUACAUGCUACUGUGUGUCAAGUAACUUUUAGAAGUUUAUUUCAGUCUGUUAGGAGUUCCAACAGCUACAUAAACUAAACUAAAAGAACUAAUGGCGUACUUCUACGUGACUUGUUAUUUACCUUUCGAAGCAAAAGCAGGUAGGUGAUGCUGCGGGCGUGUAGCUCCUGUUCCAGGCGCCAUUUGUUUUGUGUCGUGCAUAUGAUCGGCCUAUUUACCUUGAUAGACAAAAGAAAAGAAAAAAAAAACAUAAUUUGUCAAAAUAUUUAUGUGUAUUAAUUUAUUUUGCUCAAGUUUUAAAACAUUUUAGGGAAGGUAUGCAUGUGAGCCAAGGAGAAAUUGUGAGAUCUAUGUACCGUAUGUUUGUGUGAAUGAGAACGACAGUUUGUUUUUUAGAUAGUUUGUUUUCAGGUGUUUUUCAGGUGUAGUCAGAAGGUCUGUAGGUAUGAACUUGCUGCCACUGGCAGUGGGCUCCUGAACUAUAUUUUUGUCAAAAAAUCUCAACAUAAAAACUUGUAAUUAAGCAGAAAUUGUGCCCCACCUUCUCACCGACGCCUGAUCUACUGCGGGACUUCUCCACUCAUCUUCUCCUUGUACAGUAAGAAGUUGGUUUCAGGUGUACAGGUGCGCCAGUAUUUCUGAAAACUGAAAAACUGAACCGUGAACAGAACACCUGAGGCCUUCGCCAAGUUCAAGACGUAGACCUGACUUAUUCGGGAGUAAAGAAUUCAGAAAUA